AUGGACGUGAAAAAGUCAUUGGGAUCGCCAGCGAGUUUUGAGAUCGUGAAGAAUGGUAAUGAGGGCUCUUUACUCGACAAGCUCAGAUUAAUUUCCAUUAAGAUUCAUAACCCCCCCUUCAAUAAUAAUCAGAAACUAUUGACAGAGGUAGCGAAUCUAGUUGAUGAGUGCAUACGAAUGACGAUAGAAAACACAUAUUCUAACAAGGAUAGCUUACUCAGCCACAGGACCCUCAACUCGAUGUUGUACGGAAGCCUCGAUGGCUGCAGUUCUUCCACGAAGAAGCCAAACAUUAAAUCGCAGAAUCUGACAUCGUACAGCUACCAAACACCUCCACCCACAGUUCAAUAUCGGAAUCCAGAUGUGCUGGCUACAUCCAAUGGUAAAGCAAGUUCAGAGGAUGAUCGUUUUACAAUAUUUAUGAGCUCAUCUCUUUCUAUCAACAAUCUGAAAUAA